GGAGUGGGCAAAAAGCCCAUAGAAGAUAGAAUUAUUGAGGAGUGCCAUGUUCUGAUAAAGAAAUUUGAAUCUUAUGAAGCUGUAUAACGUGUUUCCAGCGCUUGGCUUCCUGCUUGGUUCUCAUAAGAUAGUCCUUAAAAACAAGGAUGAGGUCACGGCUUUCAUAAAUGCCACCUUCAAAAAACACCUCAGAGAUCUGGAUGCAAAUGACCGACGGAGCUUUAUUGAUUCGUUUCUUAUCCGACAGCAAGAGGAGAAGAACAAGACUAAUAGUUAUUUCCAUAAUGAGAAUCUACUAGGUGUUGUGAGCAACUUAUUUGCUGCUGGCACAGAAACCAUAGCAACCACUCUGCACUGGGGCCUACUGCUAAUGAUGAAGUACCCUGAGAUUCAGAAUAAUGUCCAAGAAGAAAUCACGAAAGUUGUUGGGUCUGCUCAGCCAAGGAUGGAACACCGAACAAAAAUGCCAUACACAGAUGCAGUAAUCCAUGAGGUUCAAAGAUUUGCCAGUAUUAUCCCAACAAAUUUGCCACGCACAACCGUGGUAGAUGUUACCCUUAAAGGCUACUUUGUCCCAAAGGGAACUCACAUCAUCCCAUUACUAUUUUCAGUGCUCCAUGAUGAAUCCCAAUGGGAGGAGCCACAUAAAUUCUAUCCAGAGCAUUUUCUUGAUUCUGAAGGAAAGUUUGUAAAGAAAGAUGCAUUCAUGCCUUUCUCUGCAGGUCGGAGAAUAUGUGUAGCCGAGACCCUUACCAAAAUGGAGCUUUUCCUGUUCUUUACAAGCCUCCUGCAGAAAUUCAACUUUCAGCCAGCUCCUGGAACAUCUAAAGAUGACCUGGACCUUACCCCUGCAAUUGGGUUUACAGCACCUUCCAUGCCCUACAAUUUCCGUGCUCUUCCACGUUUAUAAGACUCAAGCUCCUGCAUUGCUUAGCUUCCAUGUAUGCAGCUGUGAGAUUUUUCUGCACACUCUUUUGGUCACCAAGUGCAUUUUGGUAGAAGCUUAGUGGAAUUGGCUCAAGCGUCAUCACAAACCUUAAGAGUCUCAUUUGCCAUUCUGUUAGUUAUAUAAAGCUAGUGCUAAGACAUAGCUUAGCUGUGUCAUUCACUGCAUAAAGAACAAUAUGGUUUCAUGUAUUCACACACUGCAGAUGUUCUUGAACCAGAUGUUCUCCCAGAAAAGGCUUUUAUCAUCCCAUUACCCUGCCUCAUUGAUGGGAUGUUACUGGUGUCUAGACUUAGGGCUUUGCUAGACCUACCGGCUAAUCCGUGCAGGAGGAGCAGCGAGCCUGUGCUACAAGUAGCAUGGGCUGUCGUGCCUUGCUAGACGUGGACGCAACGGGGAAAGCAAAGCCCCAUCGCGUCCGCCAUUAUUUUUAUUUUUUAAAGGGGCCGGGUGCAGGAACGCUCCUGCUUAGGUAAGGCCCUUAAAAAAAAAAAAACAACUUCUCCCCGCUCCCCACCCUGGCAAUGAGUCCCUUCCUCUCCCGCCAGCU